AUGCUAUUUCUACCAUGGAGUAAUGAGGAAGAGGAUCUUAUUUAUAUAAAUCAUCAAGAGAUAUUUGAAUUACAUAAAGAUUUGAUUCGACAAAAAAGAUCUGAAUAUGUUCAUCGUGAAGCUAAUGAAUUCGAACAAGCUUUUGAAGAGCAAACAGAAAGAGGAAAUGACGAUGAUAUUGAUGAUACAAAUAUUGAAUAUGAUCAAGAUAAAAAUGAAUUUCUUAUCUAUGAAACAGGAAAUAAUGAAGGCGAUAUCUUUGUUGAAAUGGGAAUAAAUACUCGAACUGAAAAAAUCGAACAUUUUAAUGUUCCCAAAAUGAUACCAGAUGCUGAUUAUCAGCGAUUGACGAGAAGUCUCAAUAGCAGUCAAAGGAAAUACACUUUAAAUGUGAUGAAUUUGAUUAAAGACGGUGAUAAGCAAUUUUUUCAUUUCAUUAAUGGAGGUGCAGGUGUUGGCAAAAGUACUUUGAUCAAAGUAGUAUAUCAGUCGAUAUUGAGAUUUUACAAUUCUCUUCCAGGAUCUAAUCCAGAAACUAUUCGUGUCGCAAUAUGCGCGCCAACUGGCAAAGCAGCAGCAUUAAUUGACGGAAUGACUUUGCAUUCAUUUCUAAGUUUACCAGUUAAUCAAUGCAAACAUAAACUUGUUAAACUAGACAGCAAUGUUUCAAAUAGAAUUGGAGUAAAAUUGAAAGACUUGCAAUUACUAAUAAUAGAUGAAAUAUCAAUGGUUGGUUUUACAAUGUUUCAGCAGGUCGAUGCUCGCCUGCAGCAAAUAAUGAAGUCAAAAGAACCAUUUGGUGGAAUAUCAGUUAUAGUUUUGGGCGAUUUCAAUCAAUUAAGACCAGUUGGCGAUAAAUACAUCUUCCAAUUUAACAAUUCAUAUAAUGCUUUAGUGGAUAAUCCAUUAUGGUCACUUUUUGAAUUGUUCGAAUUGACAGAAAUAAUGAGACAAAAAGAUGAUAAAAUUUUUGCCAUUGCAUUAAGUAAUAUAGCAAAAGGAAUGAUGACACUUGAAGAUAUUAAUUUAUUAAAAUCACGAAUUGUUUCAAAUGAAAAUUUGGAAAUCAUGGGAGAUGCAAUAAGAGUAUUUAGAAGUAAUGCUGAAGUUGAUGCAUAUAAUACAAAAGUAUUGGCCAGUCUUAAUACCGAAGGUGCAAUCGCUAAUGCUUAUGAUUUUUGUAUUGGUGAUGGACUUGCAUCAAUAAGAGAAAAAGUUCUAAACAACGUAAAGAAUCUGAAAACAACUGAAACUUACGGUUUACCACUUAAAAUUGAUUUGAAAGUGGGCGCUAAGUAUAUGAUGACAGUGAAUAUUGACACUGAAGAUGGAUUAGUAAAUGGCGCCUGUGGAAAAUUGAUAAUGAUUGAUUAUGGAAAGCUUCAAAAGACUAAUGAGACAGUACCAUGUAGACUAUGGAUUAAAUUUAAUGAAGAGAAAACUGGAAGAAAAACCAGAGCUAAUUUUCAAAAUGUAAUGCGAAAUAGAAAUAUUGAUCCCAGUCUCACACCAAUUGAACCAGUAACACGGCAAAUAAACACACGGUCAACAAAUUUCAAAGUAGAACGGAAACAGUUUCCUCUAGUUCCUUCUGAAGCCAUGACUAUAUAUAAAAGUCAAGGUGGUACUUAUGAAAAAGUCGUUGUCAAUCUAAAAAAAGGGAUGACACGAUCUGAAUUAUAUGUCUCUUGUAGUCGUGCAACAAAAUCAAGUGGUUUAUAUUUAAUUGGCGACUUCGUUCCACCAAAACCACCUGAACGUAAUGAUGCAGUGGCGACGAUGUUCAAAAGCAUGAGAUCCGAACGAAUGCUGAAAUUUUCACUUGAAUUUCCUGAAGAAUCUCAAGGAGAAAGAUUUUUCGUGAUGUUUCAUAAUGUACAAUCAUUGAAUAAACAUAUUUUGGAUAUCAGAUCUGACAAAACAUUGUUGUGUGCUUCUAUGAUAAGUCUUGUUGAAACAUGGACAAAACCUACUGAUUCUUUGGAAAUUGAAGGUUUUAAAGUAAUUCACAGACGUGAUUGUAAUGAUACACGAAAACCAUUCGGUCAAAUAACUUACUUAAAAAAUGAUUUGAAGUAUGAAAAUAUCACCGAAAGAUGUGAAUAUUCAGGGAAAGACCAUAUUGAAUAUUGCUCAAUAAAAAUUGAUGAUAUUUGUAUUAUUUCCGUUUACAAUUCACCAAAUUCAUCAUUUGAUGUUUUAAAACGACAUAUUAAUGAAGUUAUAUCUAUUUCAAAAAGAUUCUGUGAAGAUAUAAUUGUUGUUGGUGAUUUCAAUAUAAAUUUGAAGAUAAAAACCAACCACAAAUUCAUUGAAUAUAUGGAGUCAUUCGGGUUGACUCUGAUUAAUAAAUUAAAUAAAAGUUCAACUAAUGCUAAAACACAGAUUGACUAUUGCUUCACUAAUAUGAAUGACUUAAAAUCUGAUUAUUUUGAAAGCCUCACAAGUUUCCAUAAACCAAUAUGGAUAAGAAAACAUGGAAUUUUGACUGAAGUUCAUGUUGAUGAAAUUAAACAAAUUCGUACAGAUAUACCUUUUAAUCUGAAAGAUCUUAAAAUUUAUGACCAGUCUGAUAUGAUGGUAGUUGACGAAGAAUUCUCUUUCGAUCGUUAUGAAAUAGUUGAUGAAAACGAACAAAUCGAUAUAGAUACGACUUAUAAUCUUGAAGACCUUCACGCCAGUGAACAAUCUAAUAUGAUGGAAAUCGAUGAACAAUCUUCUUUCGAAAAUUAUGAAAUCAUUGAUUCAACCUCAAGAAAGAUUCUUGACCACUUUCUUCUUGUACUUGAUUUUAAUAAUACUACAGACACUGAUCAAAUUUCAAGUCAAGCACAAAUAAUCAAUGACUUAAUUGAAAAAUCACCAUUUAUAACUGUGCAUAAUAAAGACCAAUCCGUCCGAUUAAAGUCGAAAACAGAAUAUUCUGUUCAAGCGUUCGAUUCUGUUUAUGCUAGAACAUGCACGACUGCAGAUGGCAACUGUUUAUAUAGUUCUCUUUCGAUCUUAAAUAUUGGAUCUGAAAAACUAACACAUUCGAUGAGAUUGUUGGCAGUCAAUGCAAUGAUUAAUAAUAGCGAUUAUUUCCAAACACUUUGUAAAGUAUUGCACUAUUCAUUUGAAGAACAGUUGAAAAGAACUGCUAUAGAUACAAUAUGGGGUGGAGAAGUUCAAAUUCAAGCGCUUUCGAUAGCUCUAUCCCAUCCGAUCUAUUCAUAUAUUCAGUUUAACAUUGAUCCAGCAAAUAGACAUUAUAUUUCAUUGGAUAUUAGUUUACAGGAAUUAAUCGAUCGAUUUAAUAAACGGACAGCAGGUGGUCAUUUAAAAUAUAUAGGAUACAAAUCCGAUAUGAAUAAAUUAGGAUUUUGUGUUUAUUACAACGGUACCCAUUAUGAUGCUCUCUUGCCUUUUCAAGAUAAUCCUCAACAAUUUGUACCGCACUAUGACUUAAUCAACAUGAGUUUAUAA